UUGACUGUAUUUUUAAGUUUUGGUUGACAAAAUACAUUGAGUAGAGAUAUUGUGAUAAUAAUUGUUUAAUUACGUGUCUUUGUACGAUUGACAUAUUCAGAUGGGAUCAGUUUUUAUUAAAAAUAAUUGACAGAUAAAGUUUUGUGUAGAUUGGAAGUUUUGUGCAAAUACUCAUUAAAGAAAAGUCUGAAAUGAAAAGUUAAUCUACUUAUUUUGUGGAGUGGAUAUUCUUUUAUAUGAGAAUUAGUCCUGCUGUGGAGAAUUGAUGUAAACCUACUUCAGUGUAUCGGAGGAAAAUGAAUCAUUAUUGGAAAACUUUAUGAAUUGUCACUUGUUUGGCAGGACUAGUAACGCUAUUUGGAAAUCAGUCAUUGAUUUAUAAUCUACUGGACCGCAGGAACUUUUUCCACAUAAAGAAAAUUUUAAAUUUCUAGUUUAUAUGAAUAAAGGAUAAAUGUGUUUGAUCCAUGUUUAAAUUCAGUGAAAUUCAAAAGACUGAAAAGUAUUGGAAUUUUCAUGCUAAGGUCUUGUGAUAUAUUUAUCAUACGAAAAAAUAUACUAACUGUAAAAUUUGGGAUAUCCUAUUUGACUUGGAUAUAUGAAAACAAACUUAUAACUUAAAUCAUUUAACAUGGUUAAAGAAGAAUUAAAACCGCGUCGUCCAAGUAAGGACCAUGGAAAUCCAAGAGAAAGGCGCAUGUCUGUUUUAUCGCAAACUGGACAUAAAAUAAAGAGAGGUAAGAACCAAGGCGGAACACCAGAGAAAUCAGCUACCCCUUCACAGGAUGCUACUGACGAAAAUCAGUCCCCUACCAGAAAUGUUCUCUGGAAUGAAGAGAUUGAGAAACUUCAAAUCAAGGAGGAAGACCUGAAGAAUAUUGUAGAUACAUCACCACCAAAAGAAAAGGAGAGGUCACCAAAAACUGCCAAGGUCAUUGUCAAGAAAAUGAAACCGGAGUCAGAAUUGAACAAACCAAAGCCUAAAAUAGUUACUGUUGCUCGACCUGCUCCACCAGAUGCACCUAUAAAGGUUCCAGACUAUUCUGGAUUUGCAGGACCAAGAUAUUCACAAGAUGGAUCAGUCUUACCACACAGUUUACUUGGUUCUUUCUCAGAAUUCAAGAAGAUAGCUUUGGAGAAAGGAGACUUACUGGAUGUAACAGUGCCAGGAGGAGAGCUAGAAAGAGAAUCAAGUGUUCCAACACUAAAGUAUGAGAAGAAAAAACGUGUUCACCAACCUCCAUCUCAUGCUAAUGAGAAUAAAGCUCUUCAUAACUGGCAAAUGAAAAUGAUUGAAAGAAAGAAGCAGCAAGGCUAUAUAUCUAAAUUAUUGCAAAAGAAUCCUGAAGACUUAGCAAUGAAUGCUGCAGAUAAUUAUCGUAAGAUCCAAGAGGAGAGAUAUAUUCUUGAUAGAACUAUUCCCCUUACUGACUACGGAAAAGGAUAUCGUGUUGGGAGUGAAUUCUGGAAACAACAGGAAAGAUUUGGAGAUGAUGAAACAGGCAUUCAUAUGACUCUGACCCAGAAUGAGAAAGGAUAUCCCCAGCCAGUUACACAUGUAGGUAUACCUAAGAGUAUACGGGAUGAGAAAGGUUGGCACUGGGCUCCUACCCAUACUGCACCAGUCCAUUAUCCAUGGCACAAAGCUCCUUACUUGGAGAAAAGGAAGAAAGAGCUGGGAAAAUAUAUCAAGGAACUGGAUCCCCAUAAACCAGAGUUUGAUGCUCUUGAAAUCAUAGGAACAAAUCAGCCUCAGAUGAAGAGACCUGAAUCUGAAGUAGAUUUUGUACAUGAAGAUAGAAUGUCCUUGGACGAUUUGGAUGACCAGGAUAUAGAUGGAGAGAAGGAACCAGGAGAUCAGACUAACCAGAAUGUUUUUGGACCUUCACUGAACUUUGCCGGACAGCCAGCUAGAUGGAUUGGUGAUGGUUAUAGUUACCAGGGACAAGUUGGUAUUGAAGGAAGGGUGACAUUUGAGACGUAUUCUGGUGACAGGGUGACAUCUUAUCUGUAUAUUGUCAAUGAUGGAACCACUGCUGUGUACUAUGACUGGAAGAAAGCUUCAAAAGAAGAUUAUUUUGAUAUGAAACUUCCUAAAGAUAACCCCUUUGAUUUGGUACACCAGCAGGUUCAGAGGUUCUAUUUUAAUAACAGUAGUGGUGUGAUUCUACCAGGAGAAACAAUGAAGUUUCCAUUUGUUUUCAAAUCUCCCAAUGCUGGUGUGUUCACUGAACAGUGGAAAUUUGAGACCCGCCCAGUUUUAUGUGGAGGGGCGUCAUUAAUAGUAACAUUGAGGGGUAUUGCCUUACAGGAAGAUAAAUUCCAAAAGGAAAGAGAACAACUUGAGAGAGAUUUACAACAGAAACAAGCUGAGCAGAUUGUAAGAAACAUCCUCCAUAACAUCAUCAAUGGUAUCAAGAUACAAGAUAGACCUCCAUCACCUGUAGAUGCUUAUAUAACAGAAGAGGAAAUAUUCUCUAGGAAUAAUCCUAAGCUUUUCUACACCCAUGAUGCUGUCCAGGCACUGAAACAGUUGUAUGCUGAAAUAAACCCCGAAGAGAAAGACGACAGGAUAUGGGAUUUGUCUGUGGAAGAUCUCAAAGAUGAGUUGAUGGCAAUGGAUGAUGAUGAUGAGAGAAAGGAAGACUUCCUCCACCAGAUGAAUACACAUGUGUCCAAAAUGUCCUAUAGUCAAAGUAAUCCUAUCAAAAAAGAUUUAUAUAAAGCUGGGUAUGAGUUAUUAUUGGAGACUGUAGAUAAUAUAGUGAGUGAGUCUAUGGCUAUAAGACAAGUGAUGGGACUGCCAGAGAGAGAAUCUUUGGACCAAAUAGAGGACAGAAAAAGAUUUAAAGAGAGAAGAGUUAGCGAGAGACGUAUGACGGUGGCAGCUACUACAAUUGGAACUUUAAAAAAAUCAUUGCCUCCAAUACCUGACUCCCCACCUAAGGGUUCAAAGUCCAAGGGUAAUAAGACACCAUCAUUAGAUAAGAAAGUUUCUCCUGCCAAGGAUUCCAAACCAGCUAAAGGAAAAGAUGCUGGUAAGGCAGAUCCCAAAGGGAAGACAACUCCUGCACCACCUGCCAAGAAAGGCCCAAGUAGAGGAUCUGCAACACCAGGAGCAGCACAGCCUGAAAGUCAAAAUAGAACACAAACACCAACAAGUGCACCACAGAGCCCAAUACCAGAUUCUGAUCCAGUCUUAUAUAGAAAAUACAAGGAGAAAUUACAAGCCAAGGCAUAUUAUAUUGUUGGAGACAUGUUUGACAAAAUGGAGAAUGUAUUUGAAUGUAUUUUAGAUAGUGAGGACAGACCACCAUUGAAACUGUGAUAAAAACUUUUAAGAAAUCUUUUGCAUUUAUAUAAAAAAGGAUAUUUAUAUUUAUAAAACUAUCUGUGAUGUUUAUGAAA